CCGUUACCCCUCAACAUCUCGCGAUACCAAGGCGCAGGAGCCGCUCUCUACUAGCUUGGACUUGCAGGAAAGAUGGAGUAUCCUGCGUUGGGCACUGUGGAUGCUGCGGAUGGCCGAAGGGCCGAGCCAUACAACAGCUCGGGAGAGCGGGAGGGCGGGGAACCGGACGGGGUGCGCUUGGACCGCGAGAGGGCGCGCCGCCUGUGGGAAGCAGUGUCCAGUACUCAGCCGGUGGGGAGGGAGGAAGUGGAGCACAUGAUCCAGAAGAAUCAGUGUCUCUUCACCAACACCCAGUGUAAGGUUUGCUGUGCCUUGCUGAUUUCUGAGUCCCAGAAGCUGGCACAUUACCAGAGCAAAAAACAUGCCAACAAAGUGAAGAGAUACCUAGCAAUCCAUGGAAUGGAGACAUUAAAGGGGGAAAUGAAGAGGCUAGACUCAGAUCAGAAGAGCAACAGAAGCAAAGACAAGAACCAGUGCUGCCCCAUCUGUAACAUGACCUUUUCCUCCCCUGUUGUGGCCCAGUCGCAUUACCUGGGGAAGACCCACGCAAAGAACUUAAAGCUGAAGCAGCAAUCCACUAAGGUGGAAGCCUUGCACCAGAACAGAGAGAUGAUAGACCCAGACAAGUUCUGCAGCCUCUGCCAUGCAACUUUCAAUGAUCCCGUUAUGGCUCAACAACAUUAUGUGGGCAAGAAACACAGGAAGCAGGAGACCAAGCUCAAACUCAUGGCACACUAUGGACGACUAGCAGACCCUGCUGUCACUGACUUAUCAGCCGGGAAGGGCUACCCCUGCAAGACGUGUAAGAUAGUGCUGAACUCCAUAGAACAGUACCAGGCUCACAUCAGUGGCUUCAAACACAAGAACCAGUCACCAAAAACAACGGUAUCACCCUUGGGCCAGAUUCCAGUACAGAAUCAACUCAUUCAAAAAGAUUCAAGCACCUUGGAAGACUAAAGAUGUUUCUGUCCAACAGCUCGUGUUGGACUAGCCAUGAGCCAGCUUCCUGUGACUGUGGUCAGCUCCUGGCUCCCUCUUUCUCCUUUCUUACACCAGGAGAAGAUGUAGUCCUAAGCCUCUGAUUGGCCCAGGGAAAUCCACUCCUGCUCCUCCUCCUUGGUAUGGACCCUGUAGGUCAUUACAGGGAGGCAGGGGUAUUAAGAAGAUUGGAGUAGUAGUUUGAAGAAUGGCCUUCCUCCUUCUUCAGCCCCUCUGGGCCAUAUAUUCUGUGGCCCCAGUGCCUAUUUUCCUCUCAAGGUCAGUUUUGGGCAAAAAUUCCUGCAGCUAAAGACCAGAAUUGUCCCUGGGCUCCAGGCAUCUCUGGUGGAACUGGAGCUUUCAUGCAGACUUUGGCAAGAAAGGAAAUAGUUAGAUGGAAGUGGCUGCCACAUGGAAGCUUAGAGCUUAUAUCACAAUCUUCCCGCACAGACACCCUCCCAAAGUACAGGCUUUCCUGAGCCUUGGACCAGAUGCUGCCCCGCUGUGCAGUUCUGCCAACUGUGAUGUGUCCUCCUGGAGCACUGACACUGUUCUGGCAGAGCAUUCCCAUCCCUCUUGCCAUCUCCAUGGUUCCUGAUGGUGCUAAGGAUCUGUGACAGCUAAGGACAAGCUGGAGCUGGAAGAGGCCUCAGUGCCCAGUGGAACCAUAGGAAGCUCCAAUGGGGACCUUUUGCCUCCUCCAUUAGAGGUCCUCUGGCCCAAGGUCAUGUGGGAAGUCCCCCACCUGCUACUUUCCUUUAUGGUUUUGUGCCCUUAAAAGCAAAUUGCCUCACGCCAGCCAGCUGAGAGAUUCAUUGCUACCUUUCAGCCCUAUUAAACCUUUCCUUCCCCUUGUGCAGUGGAUCACAAUGCCCAGGUUGCUGUGGUGCUAUCCUUCACUCAUCAUCCACAGAGAAACUCCCAGGUACCAAGGAGACAGGGGGCCCCCCAGGGAAAGAAACAGAAAGCUGGUGCAAGUUUCUACAGUAAGGAGCUGGGCAGUUUAUAAUCCCAGCACUUGGGAGGCUGAGUCAGGAGGAUUGAUGCAAGUUUGAGGCCAGCCUGGGCUACAUAGUGAGCUCAAGGCCAGCCUGAACUACAUAGUAAGACCCUGUCUCAAAAAAAGUUUCUACAGUGAGGAAACAUGUUUCCUGGACCCCAAACCCAGGUUUCUUUCAACUUCACUGUUCUGUGGCCUGGUACUUUCCUGGGAGAGCAGUUUUUCCAUGUAGCUUUUGAGCGGGAAUUCCAGGGAGUGUCAUCUGAGGCUCCUCUUCAUUGGAUUAAAGAAGCCUCCAGCUGCUGUUGUG